AUGUCGGGCGAGACCAAAAAGUCGGGGACGACCCUCGCGGCCAUGUUCUCCCAAGUCAGCACACUGGGCCAACUUGAGAAGCUUGUGGAUGUACUCAACAACAUGCCCGGUGUGACGGGUGUGACGGGCAAGUCACUGGCUCAGGUGCUUACUCAGUUCAUCGUCUUUCAGGAUGAACACCUUGGAAAGCCCGCUGUCGAUGCUGCUACUGCUACUGGCAAGGCCGUCCCGGAGGUCACCAAGAUCCCUGCUGUCGCCUUUAAGGACAUGUCGGUCGGCGGGAGCCUCAACGUCAUUGCUGCCACCCUGUACGAGGCCAGAAACCAGCUGGGUUGGCGCCGCUUCGAGUUUGCCUCAAAGGUCAAGGUCGAGAACAACAUCGAGCUCGUUGUCCGUGUUGCCCAGGCCCUCGCCGCCGCGGGCAAGCUCCCGGUCUUCAAGUGCUUCCUCGACCCAAAGCUCGACAUCGAGUCGAACCGCAAGCUUGCUGCCAUUGUCGCCCGCCAUGGCGGGACGGUUGUCAACUCGCCCGCCGCCGCCACCCACCGCGUUGUGCCCAACAUCCCUUCGGUCGAGUUCAAGCCCGACGUCGAGGAGGAGGAAUUCUUCCGCGUCAUCGAGGCCAAGGACGGCAAUGUCCUGCUCCACUGGUGGUACUAUCCCGACUCGUACGACCAGUGGGUGCCCGAGACCUCGCUCCACGUCAAGCCGGACCCGCCUGAGGAGCCGAAGGUCCCGCGCGUUGUCUACGCCCGCUGGCUCACCGACACCGAGCGGUUCAACGAGUGGAUGAACGACGAGGACUACGAGCCGCAGGAGGACGAGGCGACCGAGAAGGCGGGCGCUCCUGCUGCUUCUGUCGCACCAAGGGCCGCCGAGCCCGCGCAGGUCGCCCCACACGAGACGUCGGCCGCCUCCCGCAAGCGGCGGCGGUCGGGAUCAUCGCCGCCGCCGGCAGACUCGCGGGCGUCGAAGCGGUCCAAGUCGCGGGCGGUCCACCGCGAGGUCGAUCCCGUGGCCGCGAGCUCGGUGCCUGCCGCCGUCGGGAGCGACGCCAAGACGCUGAUGCGGACCGAGAUGCUCCUUGCCAAAAAGAGCAAAGGCAAGGGUGAGACGGGCUCGAGCUCGGGCACGGGCCCCGCACCCAUGGAGGGCGUGACGCCCGGUGGGGCCAACGACCUCUCCACGGCUGCGUUUUCCGAGGGUAUCGCGCCCCCGGCACACCUUGUCCCAGCCUUCCUCGACGCCACAACCAUGAAGGCGGUCGAGGCUGGGCGCGGCCUCGGCGCAGCGUUCCAGGCCAAGUUUGCCGGCGCGGCGCGGACAGUCGUCGUUCCGUCGCACGCCUCGUGGUUCUCGCUCGACGGCGAGUGCCACCCGAUCGAAGUCGGCGCCCUCUCCGAGUUUUUCAACGGAACGAAUCCGUCCAAGACGCCCGAGAUCUACAAGCUCUACCGCAACUUUAUGGUCAACACCUGGCGGCAGGAUCCGUCUCGGUACCUCUCGCUCACUGCCUGCCGCCGCUCGCUCACCGGCGACGCCGGCGCCAUGCUCCGCGUCCACUCGUUCCUCGAGUCUUGGGGCCUCAUCAACUACCAGGUCAAUCCCGAGACUCGGCCGCUUGUCUUUUCCCACACCCACACGCCGCAUGCCGCCCUCAUCGGCGACGCCCCGGGUGGAGUCUUUCCCAUGAACGCUGCCGGCGAGGCUGCGCUCGAGGAGACCAUUGUGACGACGCUCGGUGCCGUCCCGGCUCCGCCAUCGGCUGCAGGCUCGCGCUCGCGCCCCGAGGUCGCUGCCAGCAAGGUCGUCUCCAAGCUCUCGACCAAGCCCAACGUUGUUGGCCCGCUGCCGAACCUCGUCCUCCAUUGCGGUGGAUGCCACAACGAGGUGACCGGGCCCAACUGGGUCGCCCGCCACCCGGCCACCUCCAAGCCGCUCGUCCUCUGCGACAGCUGCUUCCGCAACAAGCGCAUGCCGCAGGGCAUCGACGCCGACGCCUUUACCCGCGGGCCCGAGCCGUCGUCGAUCUCCCUCGACACCGAGUGGACCGACGAGGAGACGCUCAAGCUUGUCAAGGCCGUCGCCGCCACGCCCGACGCCACCUGGGACGAGAUUGCCCGCGCCGUCGGCACCAAGUCCAAGGCCGAGGUCGUUGCUCGCAUCCUCAAGCUCCCCAUCGAGGAGCCGUUCCUCUUCUCGUCGGCAGGCGAGAAGCCAAAGCCGUUUGUCCGCGCGCCCAACCCGGCCAUGUCAGUCGUUGCCUUCCUCACCGCCGCCGUCUCGCCGGAGCUCUCCGCCGUCGCCGCCUACACCGCGCUGGCCGCAGGCGCCGACGCCGCCACGCCUGCGCCGGAGCUCGCCCGCGACCUCCUCACCUCACACGGCCUCUCUCCCGCCGAGGCGGCCCUCGUCACCAACCGCGCCGCCGCAUUUACCAGUACCGUCGAGGUCGCUAUGCGCGCCCGCAUGAAGGCUGCCCAGCAUGACGCCGAGAUCCAGGACCGCCUCGCCUCGCUCGUCGAGAUCCAGCUCCGCAAGCUCCAGCACAAGCUCGACAAGCUCGACAAGCUCGACUCGCUCUAUGCCGCCGAGCUCGACCUCCUUGCCUCGGACGAGCGUGCCGCCCUCUUUAACACCCAGUAG